AGAAACGGGUAGAGAAAGAGACAGAGUGACAGAAUAACAGAGGGAGGGAUACAGGAGUGUUGGAGAGAGAGAGAGAGAGAGAGAGAGACUGGCUAUCUGACAGCUAUUGGACCAGAACAUUGCAGUGCUUUGACCGCUCUCUGCUGGGUGUUCUACCCCAGACAGCUAUCUCUCCAUCCCGACAGAUGUCUCUCCUGUUCCCGCUGCUGCUGCUGCUGGGCUGUGUCCCAGGGGCGCUGACCUUCUCCACCUGCCAGAGCAUGGACCUGGACUUGUACAGGCGGCGGAGGAUUGAAGCUAUUCGGGGCCAGAUCCUCAGCAAGCUGCAGCUGACCGAGGCCCCUGACCCUGACGACAUUCCGGAUGAAGUGCCGCUGGAGACCAUGCUCCUGUACAACAGUACCCGGGACAUGCUGAGGGAAAGAGCCCACCAGCUGGAAGUGCACUGCCAGCAGGGAUCGAGCUUGGAGUAUUACGGAAAGGAAAUGCGUCGACUGGAGAUGAUCCCGACCAGUUAUCGGGAGAAUACGAUUUCCACCAGUUUCUACAACCCAUACUUUCGGCUGAUCCACUUUGAUGCCUCGACCAUGGAGAGGAACAUGUCAAACCUGGUGAAGGCAGAAUUCCGACUUUACCGUAUCCGAUACCAGAAGUCCCAGGUGGCAGAGCAGAGAAUCGAGCUGUACCAGGUUCUCAAGGCCAGGGACCCGGCCUCUCCCGCCCAGCGCUAUAUUGACAGCAGGGUGGUACGUCCGCGGAGCGCAGGGGAAUGGCUGACCUUCGAUGUCACGGGGACGGUUAGUGAGUGGUUACUGCACCGAGACAGAAACCAGGGAUUAAAGCUCAGUGUUCACUGUCCUUGCUGCACCUUCAUUCCAUCAUCAAAUAACAUCAUCUCCAAUCGGAGCGAGGAGCUCGAGGCCAGGUUCGCAGGUAUCGACGAUGACCCCUACAAGGAGUACAAGCGACCCAGGAUGCAGCGCCUCGCUGCCCUCAGGAAUCCUCACCUCCUCUUCACCCUCCUCCCUACCCCUCGGAGGGACACCCAGUACAAUGGGCUGAGGUGGAAACGCUCGGCCGACAAUGACGUCUGUUCCAGCAACCUGGAAGAUGAAUGCUGCCUCCACCGCCUCUACGUCGAUUUCCGGAGGGACCUGGACUGGAAGUGGAUCCGGGAGCCGAGGGGUUACAAGGCCAACUUCUGCGGAGGGCCCUGCCCCUACCUGUGGAGCUCGGACGUCCUGCACGGCAAAGUCCUGAACCUCUACAGGUCCCGUAACCCCAAGGCCUCAGCUGCCCCCUGCUGUGUGGCCAAUGACCUGGACUCCUUGGCCGUCAUGUACUACGUGGGCCGCAAGGCGAAGGUCGCUCAGUUGUCUGACAUGAGUGUGCAGUCGUGUAAGUGCAGAUGA